AUGCAGCAGAUGUCUAGAUCAAAGGUACUCUUACAUGGUCUUGGAGGUGUUGGCAUAGAAAUUGCAAAAAAUUUGAUUCUGGGUGGCAUUGGUGAAAUUAUUAUCCAGGACCACACUUUAUGUACCCAACAAGAUCUGGGGACUCAGUUUUAUGUCCAUGAGGAGGAUGUUAAGGCUUGUAGAACUAGAGCCGAAGCAAGUCUUAGUCACUUGGUCGCAUUAAAUCCUUAUGUUCGGAUCACUUUGGCGUUGGAUGAUGUGACUAAAAUUCGAUGUCCUCUUUCAGAUUCAUUGAAUAAGAAGAUUUUAAAGUCAUUAGUCGAUGAAGAGUCAUCUACAAAAGUUGAUUGUUUGGUACUCACUCAAUGUUCACUUCACCAAGCUACACUGUUAAAUCUAUUCUGCAGAACGCAUCAUAUUAAAUUUAUAUAUACAGAUGUAUAUGGUGCAUUUGGAAAUCUAUUCUGUGAUUUUGGAUCAAAUUUCACUGUUUCACUACCAGAUGAUGAAGCGCCUAAAGAAUUUUUUGUUGGACAUAUUAACAAGUUGAAUAAUGAUGAAUUAUUGAUCAAAGUGCUCAAUGACCGUCGACAUCAUCUAGAGAAUGGUGAUUUUAUUCGAUUCACUGGACUUGACAAAGUUCCAGAGUUGAAUGAGAAGGAAUUUCCCGCCCAAGUCAAAUCACCUUCAGAAUUACUGAUUAAAAACUGUAUUGCAAGGGAUCAGUUUUCCUAUUCCAAUGGUGGUAUUGCGACUCAAGUGAAGAAACCACAAAUACAAACUUAUAAAACUAUGAUUGAACAAAUCGAAAAUCCGAAAUUUACUUGUGUGGAUUUCAGUGAACCAAAAGAAAGCGAAUUGCUUCACCUAAUUUAUUUGACAUUAAUGAAGUUCUUGUUGGAAACUGGUCAUUAUCCUAAACCAUGGUAA